AUGGUCAUUUUGAGGACAUUGCUUUUGUCUGUUAGAGCACAAACACCUACCGACAACAAAUGUUACAUUCCAUCUUUACAUCAAAGUUGCAACCACACUGGCCAAGUCUGCCUCACAGACUUCUGGUACAAUCAGAGCCGCUACAAACAUCUGAGUGACAACUACGCUGGAACAUCGAGCAGCCGAGUUCUCUACUUCCUGAUAGACGACAACGUUCAAUAUAACGGGGAGGCAGAGGCACAGAAGAAAAUUAAAUACUUUUUUAACAGAUUUUCAAUGUACCUCACAAAAUUUAGUAGCACAUACUCGCAGAUAUUCUGCUACAAAUUUGAUAAAAAUGGAGAUAAUCAACAUUUAUGGAACACGACGACUCCAUCCGCAUUCACGAACAAGACUUUUGACAAUUUUUUAAAUUCAUAUGUUCCUGCAAAAAACGUAACUGAAACUGAAAAUGCCGAAAAAUUGACUGAUGGCGUGGAAAGUUUUUAUAAACUUGCACUGAGAAACUCACAAUCGGGAAACGACAAAAAAAUUUCUCUCUGGGUUCUCAGCGAUGUAACAAAGGAUCCAUGCAAAGGCGACUAUCAAGAUCAAACUAAAUAUGCCAGAGAAAAAUUUUUGUCUAGCAUCACAGUCUUCACUGCUGCAGUGGGCAGUUGUCCGGAUGGUUGGUUUAAUAGUGCGGAUAAAGAGAAUGCCAUGCACAACCUGGCUACCAGCAGGCAGCACUCCGCCUGUCUCGAACGAUGGAUAUCUGAAUUUUCAAAUUUUGAAGUUAAUGCAGACGUUAAAAACUGCUUUGAAGGUCACCCAACUCCGCAUAAUGAUGCAGGCAGCCAUGUUUCACAUGAUUACAAUAAUGCCAAAGAUUUGAAUCGAGAUUCUGGUUUAAGCGAAUUCAGCAACGUUUCAAGCGUCACGCAGAUAACGACGACAGGAUCAAGCGACGAUUCUCGUCAGCUACCAUCAAUUGAAACAAUUGCGUCUCUCACUGAGUCAAUUGGUGAUAGUAAUAAUAAUAAUAAUAAUAAUAAUAAUAAUAAUAAUAAUAAUAAUAAUAAUAAUAAUAUUCGUCAGAAGUCUUCUCAGGUUUGUGACUAUUUACAAUCACUAAGCGAUGUACUUAUUUUAUUCAGUAUUCACUAUGCCUGUUCAAUGCUUCAAAGCAGAGUUUCAGAGUCAGAUGAAAAAUAUCUGACACCAACCCCUUCAAAAAUUCCCAUUCCACAAAAAUCUACAACUCCGACACUCUACUUCAAAGUAGGGGAGACUGGGGUCGAAUGGACCAGGUACCGAAAGGACCUUCGAAAUUAA